AUGGCACCAAGCCCGUCUGUGUUGAGCUACAAAACUGCGUCAUCGCUCCUACUCGGCUUCUUGGGAACAUGGUGGCUCUUGUCUCACACUGGCUCGCUCGGAGGCUGGCGGUAUGAGUUUCCUCGCGAUGCCUCGAAUCAUGGUCUAUCUACGCAGCAAUGCAACGCAGCCUUUCCAGAACUCUAUGGAGACAUCGAAUCGGCUGUAGCAUCACGCAAAGGAAACCCGGUCCGACUCGAGGAGUUGGUAAUCAAGGAUGACCAGUGUCUUGUGCGCGUGCUCGUCUACGACUCUGAACUAUUCAUCAUUCAAGGCCGGCAGAAUGAGAACUGCUGGAUGGGGCGAUGGCACGAACGAACCAGCGGCUUCUUACACAUGAUCCAUCAGUCCAUCGUUACAGCACCACCGGACUCAAUCCCAAAUAUAGAGUUCAUCCUCGACCUCGACGAUGAUCCACAACGACCUAUCAAUAUCGCGCAUGGCGAAGGCUCCAAUCAGACGACCGUCUGGGGCCUCACCAGACAGGCACAUCAACGGCACAUCUGGCUUCUUCCUGAUUAUGCCUACUGGGCUUGGCCAUCUGCACGUGUGGCAAGUCACAACCAGAUCCGUCGCAAAGCACGCCAGAUGAACCGCGACUAUCCUUGGGAGAAGAAGCACAACAAGGCUGUAUGGCGUGGAGACGCGAACCUGAAUCCCGAUAUCCGCAAUUCACUCAUCAGCACCGCCGAGGGAACAUCAUGGGGUGAUGUCAGAGUCUGCGAUAUCUACAAGCCCGAGACGAAGCAGUACUGCAUGACACAGGACCAACUUUGUCGCUACAAGUUCCCGAUACAUACGGAGGGCUACACAUAUUCGGGACGCCUAAAGUACCUGCAACUGUGCAACAGCGCUCCUGUUGUUCAUAAACUGCAAUGGCUUGAGCAUCACCACGGUGUUAUGAAGUCUAGUGGUCCAGAGCAGAACUUCAUCGAGGUCGAGAGAGAUUGGUCAGAUCUAAAUGACAAGAUGACAUAUUACACCAAUCACGAAUAUGAAGGCCAAAGGAUCGCGCAUAAUAAUUACAAGACUUUUCACGAACGUUACCUUACAUCAGCUGCAACAGCAUGUUAUUGGCGACGCUUGUUCUCCGCGUGGGCGAGUGUUCAAGGCUUUGAACCUCAGUUGUACGAGAGAAACGAGCGCGGAGAAGUAGUCAUGAGAGGACUGCCCUUUGAAGCAUAUGCGCUGGAUGCUGAGAGACCCAUGCCGGACGUCUAG